UGGUGGUUCUGAGUGAUGCAACUUCACCCUGCCAUUCACCAUUCACAAUUCACGCACGCAUCCACGCAUCCACGCAUUGCGCUGCAACAGCGCUGCUUCGCAUCUUGCCUCAUCACCGCAAACAUACUCUUGACUCAAACUCACCUCGUGGCACAGCUGCGCGGAUCACGCGCUUGAAGAGAGACGAUCGACCGCAACACGCAUUCGCAUUCAAGCCGAGCUUUUGGUGAUCAAGCUUGACGACAACGCGCACACAAGGGCUCCCGCCCGGCUUCUCCUCACACUCACGACUGUCGGAUUGUCACACCACUACCACACCGCGCCUUCCUCGCCUGCACGACCUCUUGUGUGGUCUGCCAGGGGGCACAUCACUUCAUACCAGCCGCUCAGACGUAGGAGUUCAAGGCGGACUUGCGCUGCCACACGACAGCCAACAUGCCCGGCAUGGACGAUUUUGACGAUUUCAUCACGGCGGGUGCGCCCCCUCCCGAGGGGCUCGCGUCCCAUCAGCCCGUUCAUCGCAUGGCGGGUUCAUCACAGCGAGGUGCCGCGCAAUCCACCUCGUACGGCGCCGGCGGAGCUUACGGAGCCUCAUCAGACACGCUAGGCUUGGGCCCUUUUGCCGACUCUUCACAACGAGCAGGGGCGGGUGGGGGUGUGCAAGCCAGCCACGUGCUUGUGGACGCUGAUGAUCCCGAUCUGAUGGGCGAUGAGGAAGACUUUGGAUUUGGAGGAUCGCGCGCCGGAGCUACGGGCUCGGGCUCGGGCUCGGGUGGUGAACAUGGUCUGUACGGCGGCUAUCCACCCAACCCUUCCAGGCCGGGCAUGGGCAUGGCUGCGGCAGACUCGUACGGCGCCAGCAGUUUAGCACCGCCCAAUGCGUUCGGAGGUUCAGCAAUGGGCUAUGCUGGAGCAUCGACGGACUCGGGUCUGGGACUGGCAGGAAAUGCGGCACCCCCUGCUGGGUACACGUCGGAUAGGUAUGGACCGUUUAGCGAUCCAUAUGGCGCAGGGGGAGGGGGCAAGGCGAUAGAGGCGGAUGACGACUACGAGCCCUACGAUGCGCCAGAUGCUAAAGGAGCCAGGUCGGGCGGGCCGGGCGGCAGGGCGGGCGAUAGAGGUGUUGGGGGAGCAGCCUCGUCUGCAUUGAGCGGUGGAGCAGCUGGUCAGUCUCGAAGGAUGCCACGAGACAGUCCGUUUGACGGAGUGAAUCGAUCCAUCAAGUCGUUGCGCGCCGACUUUAGGGGUUUGGUGGGCGGGAAAGCUGCUAGAGAAAAAGUGCCGCAGGGAGACCGCGUGGUCAGGCUCAACGAUCCCACUACAAACGAUAAGGAAAAUUUUGCGGAUAAUUGGAUCAGCACGAGCAAAUUCAACGUCAUCACUUUUCUGCCCAAAUUCCUCUAUGAACAAUUCUCCAAAUACGCAAACGUCUUUUUCUUAUUUACUGCCUGCAUUCAACAGAUUCCAAAUGUCUCGCCUACGAACAGAUGGACCACCAUCGUACCCCUUGGACUUGUGCUGCUGGCCAGCGCGUUCAAGGAGGUAAAGGAGGAUAUCAAACGCCAUCAAUCAGACGCCGAGCUGAAUGCGAGGAUAGCACAAGUGCUCGAUCCUGGCACGGGCACUUUUGAGCCUCGGAGAUGGCGGCAUAUCCGAGUAGGUGAUGUCUUGCGUGUGGAGAGCAACGAGUUCUUCCCCGCGGACUUGGUCUUGCUCAGCAGUUCGGAGCCAGAAGGGCUCUGCUAUGUCGAGACGGCCAAUUUGGAUGGGGAGACGAAUCUGAAGAUCAAGCAGGCAUCGCCAGAGACGGCGCGCUUCACCUCUCCUCAACCAGUAUGCGCUCUGCGGGGCCAUCUCAACUCGGAACAUCCCAACAACAAUCUGUACAACUUCGAUGCCACGCUGCAUUUGCAGACAAGCGCCACGCCUGGUUUCAGCGGUGUGCCCAUGAGACAGGUGCCGCUCAGUCCAGACCAGCUCUUGCUGCGAGGCGCGCAACUGCGCAACACGCCUUGGGUGUACGGUUUGGUGGUGUUUACGGGACACGAGACGAAGCUGAUGCGCAAUGCAACAUCGACCCCUAUCAAGAGGACGGCGGUGGAGAAGCAAGUCAAUGUGCUGAUCUUGUUGCUCUUCAUCUUGUUACUGGCGCUCUCCAUCGCUUCGGCCAUCGGGUCCAUCGUCCGUAACACUGCAUAUGCUGGCGAGAUGCAGUACCUUUUGUUGGGCCAGGACGGCAAGGGCAAAGCCCGCGUGUUCAUCGAAGAUAUCCUCACUUUUGUGAUCGCUUAUAACAAUCUGAUUCCCAUCUCACUCAUCGUCACCAUCGAGGUCAUCAAGUACCAGCAGGCUCAGCUGAUUAGCUCGGAUCUGGACAUGUACUACGCUCCCACGGAUACCCCCGCGCUUUGUCGCACUUCGAGCUUGGUGGAGGAGCUGGGUCAGAUCGAUUACAUCUUUUCCGACAAGACGGGCACGCUCACCAGGAACCAGAUGGAAUUCAGGCAAGCCAGCAUUGGCGGAACAGCGUACACAGAUAUGGUUGAUGAGAGCAAGCAGGGAACCGGAGAGAUUGGACCUGAUGGCAGGGAGAUCGGAGGACAGAGGACUUGGCACGAACUGAAGGCUAUCAUGGACGGCUCUGCACCGGACGACGGAAGCAGUGCGGUCAUUGACGAGUUUUUGACUCUGUUGGCUGUGUGUCAUACCGUCAUUCCAGAGAAGAAGGAGGAUCGCAUCGUGUUCCAGGCUUCGAGUCCUGAUGAGGCUGCUCUCGUCGACGGCGCGCAGUCUCUCGGCUAUCGCUUCACAGUCCGCAAACCGCGCUCUGUCUUCAUCGAGGUGCGCGGCAUGCAGCUGGAGUACGAGAUUUUGAACGUUUGCGAGUUCAAUAGCACGCGCAAGCGCAUGUCGACGGUGGUCAGGUGCCCUGAUGGCAAGAUCAAGCUGUACUGCAAAGGUGCGGACACGGUCAUCAUGGAGCGUUUGUCUAGCACGCAGCCUUUCACUGAGCAGACGAUGAUCCAUUUGGAGGACUACGCUACGGACGGCUUGCGAACGCUUUGUGUCGCCAUGCGAGAGAUUCCUGAACAAGAGUACAGGCAGUGGGCAAAGAUCUAUGAGCAAGCUGCUGCGACGAUCGUCGGACGAGGGGAUGCGCUGGAUCAAGCAGCUGAGAUCAUCGAGCGCAACAUGUUCCUGCUGGGCGCCACCGCGAUCGAAGACAAGCUGCAGGAUGGUGUGCCGGAAACUAUACAUACGCUACAGACUGCUGGGAUCAAGGUUUGGGUGCUGACGGGCGACAGGCAAGAGACUGCGAUCAAUAUCGGUCUGUCUUGCCGACUGAUCUCCGAAUCUAUGAACCUCGUCAUCGUGAACGAAGAGAAUGCGCACGACACGCACGCUUUCUUGACCAAGCGUCUUGCGGCUGUCAAAGCACAGCGGGAAGCGGGCGAACAUGAGGAGUUGGCUCUGAUCAUCGAUGGAAAGAGUCUGUCUUUUGCGCUAGAGAAGGAGCUGUCAAAGAUCUUCUUGGAAUUGUCCGUCAUGUGCAAAGCGGUCAUUUGCUGCCGGGUCUCGCCACUUCAAAAAGCCCUCGUGGUCAAGCUGGUCAAGAAGAACCUCAACAAGCUGCUGCUCGCGAUUGGCGAUGGUGCGAACGACGUCAGCAUGAUCCAAGCGGCACACGUCGGGGUAGGUAUCAGCGGUGUUGAGGGUCUUCAGGCGGCACGGUCAGCAGACGUCGCCAUCAGCCAGUUCCGAUAUCUGCGGAAAUUGCUAUUGGUGCACGGAUCGUGGAGCUAUACGAGGUUGAGCAAGAUGAUCCUGUACUCGUUCUACAAGAACAUUACGCUCUACAUGACGUUGUUCUGGUACUCUUUCAACAACUCCUUUUCGGGUCAAGUCGCCUUCGAAUCCUGGACACUAUCCUUCUACAAUGUCGUAUUCACCGUCCUGCCCCCACUCGUCAUCGGCAUAUUUGAUCAGUACGUGAGCGCUCGUAUGCUCGAUCGGUACCCUCAGCUGUACGGACAGGUCUUCUUCAACAAGCGACGCUUCUUGGGAUGGACCAUCAAUGCGUUUUAUCACUCUCUCAUCGCCUACGUCUUUGUCACCGUCGUCUUUUGGAACGGAGUGCAGCUGAAUGGCGGUUACAACUCGUACGGAUGGGUGUGGGGCACCGUGCUCUACCUUGCUGUCCUGGCAACCGUGCUGGGCAAAGCGGCGCUCGAGACGACGCUAUGGCAAAAGUACUCUUGGCUGGCCAUUCCUGGCUCCUUUGUCUUCACGCUGGCCUUUAUCGUGGUGUAUAGCCUGAUCGCACCUCGACUAGGCUUCUCCAAGGAACUGGACCACAUCAACGGACCACUGUUCGGCUUCAGCCUGACAUGGUUCUGCAUGCUCGUCGUGCCCGUCGUCUGCCUGCUGCGAGACUUUACGUGGAAGUACGAACAGCGAACGUAUAGACCGCGCAACUACCACAUUGUGCAAGAGGUGCAAAAGUACAAUUUGCAGGAUUACAGACCCAGAAUGUCGCAAUUCCAACAGGCCGUCAAGAAGGUCAGAGCUGCGCACAGACUCAAGAGGACGCACGGAUUCGCCUUUAGCGCUUCGGAAGUGCAGGGAGAGCAGGCCAAACUGAUUAGGAAGUACGACACUACCAGACCUAGAGCUACGGGUUGGUGAUCUCCCACCCCCCUGCCCCCGCCACACCCUCGCAUUUGAGCGGCUCGCCAUUCCCCUUUCCCCCCCCCCCGGGGGAAGGGGGGGGGGGGACAAUCUACAUGUACGCAAAAGUGUUGCCAAUGUACAAUGAAGUGCACC